GAGACUGGAUGUAAAAGCCAUGGGCCCUCUUGUUUUGACCGAAGUUCUUUUUAACGAGAAAAUAAGAGAACAGAUUAAGAAGUAUAGGUGCCAUUUCUUACGAUUUUGUCAUAACAAUAAGAAAGCUCAGCGGUACCUCCUUCAUGGGCUGGAAUGUGUGGUAGCAAUGCAUCAAGCUCAGCUCAUCUUCAAGAUCCCACAUAUCUUGAAGGAAAUGUACGACGCUGACCUUUUGGAAGAAGAGGUUAUCAUUAGCUGGUCAGAAAAGACCUCUAAGAAAUAUGUCUCAAAAGAACUUGCCAAAGAGAUUCGUGUCAAAGCAGAACCAUUUAUAAAAUGGUUGAAGGAAGCAGAAGAAGAAUCAUCUGGUGGUGAAGAAGACGAUGAAGAUGAGAAUAUUGAGGUGGUAUAUUCGAAGACUGCCAGUGUACCGAAGGUUGAAGCUGUGAAGUCAGACAACAAGGACGACGAUAUUGAUAUUGACGCCAUUUAAAGGGGUGGGUGCAGCCCAGCUUAACAGUAAUGCUGCAAAUUGUUCUGCAUCAUCAGCCAGAAGUGCAACAUGUAUAUGCAAAAGCUAACAUGGCUUAGCAUCAUGCUACACUUUCUACUAAAAUUGUAUUGCUGUGAGUGGUCUAUAUUAAGUCCAAUGAGACAUCUAGGGAGUCCAUACACAUUACAAGUGAGCAGAUGUAGUUUGCUUAUUUAUAGCAUGUUUCUUUCUGAAAAAUUAGUGGUGGACACUUUUGGAUCAAUCACAUUUAUACAGUUCAAAAGAAAUAAAGAUUUGAUUUUGGUCAUUCUUCAGA